ACAGGCAGCAUCUCUUGAGAGGGGGAGAGCUGCUGGUUGAACUUCCUAACUCACUGUUUUGGUGACAGAAGAUUAAUGGGGCUUCCAAGUUGCACCCCCAUCCUCACUGCACUUCCUGCAUGUUUCUCCUUCGGAGUAGUGAAUAACCACCUCCUUACCUUAAACCAAGUAAUAAAGUAGGCUGUGAAUAGUUGGGUCCAGUUUGGACAUACACAUUCAUCCACCUUCUCUUCAUGUCCCCCUUUCUUGCAAUAAAUUUGGAGCCAGUUGGUGAAAUCACACAGACGGACAUAUUUUUUAACUGGUUCAUCUCUUCAAGAUCCAACAGGAAUAUGCUGCAUCAAAAUUGACUUGUACAAAAGAGAUUUCUAAAGGUCUCAUCUAUAGGAAUCCGUUUUUAAAUCAGUUCCCAUUGUAAGGUAAUCAAAAGAUUAAGAAAAUGCCUCCAAGACCAUCGUCUGGUGAACUAUGGGGCAUCCACUUGAUGCCACCAAGAAUCCUCGUAGAGUGUCUUCUACCUAAUGGAAUGAUAGUGACUCUAGAAUGCCUCCGUGAGGCCACACUACUCACUAUUAAGCACGAGCUCUUUAAAGAAGCAAGAAAAUACCCUCUUUACCAGCUCCUCCAAGAUGAGUCUUCUUACAUUUUUGUAAGUGUUACACAAGAAGCAGAAAGAGAAGAAUUUUUUGAUGAGACACGGCGACUUUGUGACCUGCGGCUUUUUCAGCCUUUUCUAAAAGUCAUUGAACCAGUGGGCAACAGAGAGGAAAAGAUUCUGAAUCGAGAAAUUGGAUUUGCCAUUGGCAUGCCUGUCUGUGAAUUUGAUAUGGUUAAGGAUCCAGAGGUGCAAGACUUCAGAAGAAACAUUCUUAAUGUCUGUAAAGAAGCUGUGGAUCUUCGAGAUGCCAAUGCGCCUCACAGUAGGGCUUUGUAUGUCUAUCCUCCAAAUGUAGAAUCUUCACCUGAACUGCCCAAACACAUAUACAAUAAGCUAGACAAAGGGCAAAUUAUAGUGGUGAUAUGGGUUAUAGUCUCUCCCAACAAUGAUAAGCAGAAAUACACCUUAAAAAUCAACCAUGACUGUGUUCCUGAGCAAGUUAUUGCUGAAGCAAUCAGGAAAAAAACACGAAGUAUGUUGCUGUCAUCUGAACAACUAAAACUCUGCGUCUUAGAGUACCAGGGCAAGUAUAUUUUAAAAGUGUGCGGCUGCGAUGAAUACUUGCUAGAAAAAUAUCCUCUGAGCCAGUAUAAGUACAUAAGAAGCUGUAUAAUGCUUGGCCGCAUGCCCAAUCUGAUGCUGAUGGCCAAAGAAAGCCUUUAUACCCAGCUGCCAUUGGAUACCUUUACAAUGCCAUCUUAUUCCAGGCGCAUUUCUACAGCUACCCCAUAUAUGAAUGGAGAAGCUUCAGCCAAAUCCCUUUGGUCUUUAAACAGUGCUCUGAGAAUAAGAAUUCUCUGUGCAACAUAUGUAAAUGUAAAUAUACGAGACAUUGACAAGAUAUAUGUCCGAACAGGUAUCUAUCAUGGAGGUGAACCAUUAUGUGACAAUGUGAAUACUCAAAGGGUACCUUGUUCCAAUCCUAGAUGGAAUGAAUGGCUGUCAUACGACAUGUUCAUUCUUGAACUCCCACGUGCUGCUCGGCUUUGCCUCUCCAUCUGCUCUGUUAAAGGCAGAAAGGGUGCGAAAGAGGAACAUUGCCCACUGGCUUGGGGAAAUAUAAACAUGUUUGAUUAUACGCACACCCUUGUAUCUGGGAAAAUGGCUUUGAAUCUGUGGCCAGUACCUCAUGGGCUAGAAGAUCUGCUGAAUCCUAUUGGCGUUACUGGGUCAAAUCCAAACAAGGAAACUCCAUGUCUGGAGCUGGAAUUUGAUUGGUUUAGCAGUCCUGUAAAGUUUCCAGACAUGACAGUGAUUGAAGAACAUGCCAACUGGGCUAUCGCUCGAGAACUAGGGUGUAAUUACAGCCAUGCAGGGCUGAGUAACAGGCUAGCUAGAGAUAUUGAAGUAAGAGAAAGUGACAAAGAACAACUCCGUGCAAUUUGUACAAGAGAUCCACUAUCUGAAAUCACUGAGCAAGAGAAGGACUUUCUUUGGAGCCACAGACAUAAUUGUGUAAAUACCCCAGAAAUUCUCCCCAAACUGCUUUUGUCUGUUAAAUGGAAUUCUAGAGAUGAAGUAACCCAGAUGUAUUGUUUGAUAAAAGACUGGCCUCCAAUCAAGCCAGAACAAGCAAUGGAACUUUUGGACUGUAAUUAUCCUGAUCCAAUGGUGCGAUCAUUUGCAGUUCAGUGUUUGGAGAAGUAUUUGACAGAUGACAAACUGUCUCAGUACUUAAUCCAGCUAGUACAGGUGCUGAAAUACGAACAAUACUUGGAUAAUCUGCUGGUGAGGUUUUUACUCAAGAAGGCAUUGACCAAUCAAAGAAUAGGACACUUUUUCUUUUGGCAUUUAAAGUCUGAAAUGCACAAUAAAACCGUAAGUCAAAGAUUUGGUUUGCUUUUGGAGUCCUACUGUCGAGCAUGUGGGAUGUACCUAAAACACCUGAGCAGGCAGGUGGAAGCAAUGGAGAAGCUAAUUAACCUUACUGAUAUUCUCAAGCAGGAAAAGAAGGAUGAAACGCAAAAGGUGCAAAUGAAAUUUCUCGUUGAACAAAUGAGACGGCCAGAUUUCAUGGAUGCUUUGCAAGGUUUUAUCUCUCCUCUUAACCCCGCCCAUCAGCUAGGAAACCUCAGGCUUGACGAGUGCAGGAUUAUGUCCUCUGCAAAAAGGCCUCUAUGGCUGAACUGGGAAAACCCAGAUAUUAUGUCUGAACUCUUGUUUCAGAACAACGAGAUCAUCUUUAAAAAUGGGGAUGAUUUACGUCAGGAUAUGCUGACGCUUCAGAUUAUUCGAAUUAUGGAAAACAUCUGGCAAAAUCAGGGUCUUGAUCUCCGGAUGUUGCCUUAUGGUUGUUUGUCUAUUGGUGACUGUGUUGGCCUUAUUGAGGUGGUCAGAAGCUCUCAUACAAUCAUGCAGAUACAGUGCAAAGGAGGCCUAAAGGGCGCACUGCAAUUCAACAGCCACACGUUACAUCAGUGGCUCAAAGACAAGAACAAAGGAGAAAUGUAUGAUGCAGCUAUUGACUUGUUUACACGCUCCUGUGCUGGCUAUUGUGUCGCUACAUUCAUACUGGGAAUCGGUGACCGUCACAAUAGUAACAUCAUGGUGAAGGAUGAUGGACAGCUGUUUCACAUUGAUUUUGGGCACUUUCUGGAUCACAAGAAGAAAAAAUUUGGUUACAAGCGAGAGCGUGUACCGUUCGUUCUAACGCAAGAUUUCUUGAUAGUGAUUAGUAAAGGAGCUCAAGAAUGUACCAAAACAAGAGAAUUUGAAAGGUUUCAAGAGAUGUGUUAUAAGGCUUACUUAGCAAUUCGGCAGCAUGCCAAUCUCUUCAUAAAUCUGUUUUCCAUGAUGCUUGGUUCAGGCAUGCCAGAAUUACAGUCUUUUGAUGAUAUUGCAUACAUUCGAAAGACACUUGCAUUGGACAAAACUGAGCAGGAAGCUCUGGAGUAUUUCAUGAAACAGAUGAAUGAUGCUCACCAUGGUGGCUGGACAACAAAAAUGGACUGGAUCUUCCACACAAUAAAGCAACAUGCCUUGAACUGAAAUGAAAGCAAAGAUGACACAAACUGAUAGCCCAUUUUGUGGGCACUACACUGCACUGCUAAUGCCUGUCAGCAGCAAAGACUGGUUGCAUAGGAAUUGCACAAACCACGAAUGACAUUUGAAUUGACAGGAAGAACAGAGAUGAAAUGUUCAGACAGUUUUCAAAACUAUUGUAAAACAGGGUUUCAGAUGGCACUAAAAUUAUACACUUCAAAAUUAAGCUUUAGUAUGAUGUGUAACUUCAUGUUAUGCCUUAAGCCCAAAAAAGGUUUGGAAGUCUUUCCUGUUUUUGUUUUUUGAUUAACGAUCAUUUGGAAGGAGGAAGAAAAGAGUUGCUAUCAUCAAAUGCAGUCCAUGACAUACUACAGGAGGAAGUCUGGUACAGGAGAUGGAGACUAUGCUGGGUUUCAAAUGAGCUGAAAGAGAACUUCCCAUUUACCACAGCUAUUUAGAUGCUGCAUAUCUUGAAGGGAAGGAUUUUUAAGGGCAGAGAUAUUAAAAAUAAUAGUGAGGGAACGGUGCCUUUAACUGUAUUCAGAGACAUGUUAUGUUUGAAGUUUAACUGAACCUUUUCACUUCUAGGUCUGUCAUCUGCACAGUGUUUGAAAGCAAUUGGAAAUAGGCCCAAUAUGUAUGGUGUUUUUUCCUGGACAGUAUUUGUAGAGAUGAAAUUCUUAGUUUCAUAAAGAACUCUGUUCCCCAGCAUCCCAGAAGACUGGCUAACUUGAGAAAUUGAAUGGUCAAAAUUGGGUUUAGUGCAACAAAACAUUGUAGUGUUCACUUUGGGUUUGAUUUAAUCUGACUUGAACUGAAUAGACUUUUUUCAUGCAUGUUUUCCAGGGCCUAAAAAAAAGGUGAGUUAUUAAAAAUUAUUGAAAGAUUAUUUUUUUAUGAAGGCUAUUUAUAUAAUAGGAACUAUUAUUAAUAUAUAUUCUUUAUUUACAUGGUUUGUCCCAUAGUCACUCAUUUAAUUUCGCAGCCCAGUUCUAUCUGUCCAAGAUUCCCAUUAUUUGUAAUGUCACUGGUGGUGACCAGCUCUACUCCAAGGACCAAAUUCAACCCUGGUGAAAGAGAAUAUAAUACUAUUAAAAUCAGUGGGAGAUGCAGCCACCAGUGCCAGAAAUGAACUUGUCCUAAGUCUCUUCAGUAAAUCUCAGGCAAUACUCUUAACGUUACUUAAGUGAUAUGCUGGCAGUUCAAGGAAUGUAUGGUUAUACCCUCAACUUUUGGGUCCACCUUGUUCUCUUGCUCUUUGUUCUCUUUCCUGCUGCUUUUGAAAGCAGCUGUUUAAUCCCAGUAACCAGUACUUCAGAAGCAAAUGAGUUUUCAAUACAAUCACUAAGCAGUUCAACAUACAGCAAAUACGUUGGAUAGCUCGUAGCAUGUGGAGUUACCAAACAAAUGUUUUAUAGCUGUGUGUCUGUACAUAAUCUCUCUCUACGUAUUUGUAAAUCUAAUUGUCCUUCUCUCUCUAAAACAAUAUACACAAAUUGGCACCAGUUUUUGAGACUGUCUAGACUACCAGAGGUUUUUAGAUGUCCUGUGUGCGACCACAGGUCAAACUUGCUAUUCUGAAACUAUUUUUUAUAAAUUCUUAAACAUUUUCUGGGGAAAAAAAUUGCAAAACCCAGGGUGUGAAGGUUGACACUUACUCUAGCAUUUUAGACUUGCUAGAUCUGCAGCAUUUGGAAUGAAAUCCAAAAGUGUGGGACUUUGGGGGUUGGGCUGGGUCACACAAAUUUAAGUGCCACUCAAAAGUGCAAUACCAGAUGUAAUAUGAAAUAUGCUGACAGUUGGUAUCUCUAACUGAACUGUGCUUUGUGGGGCUGUAUUAAUGAGGUAUCAAGUGGUUGGAUUUUUUUUAAAGCAAAUUGUAAUAUAUUUAAGAAGUGCAAUCAAUUAUACCCUUAGAAGACUUGGAGAAAAGUGAAUUUGGGAUUGUAAAGCCAGGACUUUGUUUUGUCUUUUAAGACACCUUUCAUAGUCGGAAGUUCUUUGGUUAAUCAUUGAACACACUGUUACUUAACUGAAUCGCAUGGGAAAAUUACUGUCUUCAUGGAAACUAUGAAGAAAUGCUAAGAUUAGAAUGGAGAAUACAGUGUCUUGGCUCUAAUGAUCACUUUAGAGCUGUCCAGCAGAGUUCAAAUCCUUCUUCAUUCACUGACUGUUACAUAUGCCUCUUUUCAGAUGUGAAUGUUUUCACUCCUAAUAGCAUUUAUGAUUGCAUAUUUACCAGAACACAAUUACCCUUAUAUAUAGUCAACCCAAUCUGUUUCAACACUUUUAACCUUGGGAAUUAGUUACACUAAGAAAUUCAAUGAAAUGAUUCAAAUCUGAAACCCUGUUACCUGUAAACCAUAAUUUAACAGAGAAAUGUGUUAGUAAAUGCCACAUCCUACAUUAUUCUUAUUGACUAUCUUGUAUUGCGAGAGAGAGAUUUUACUAUGUUUACACAAGAUCUGGCCAGCCUUUUAGGAUCUGAAUUAAAAGGUCCACUCCUCAAGCUUAUUGAAUUUUAUGGGACUGGUUCUCCAUAACUUGACCCAUUGGUAGCUAUAUGAAUUUAUAAAAUGUGAAUGAAAAAAUAUACCAAAUCAAAUAGCAAUUUUUGCACCCAUUUUGCACAGACUGCAGGGUUGGGAAGAUUCAGGCCUCUAUUUCCAAGAGUUACUACAACAAAACACUGCACAAGCUGUAAAAUCUCUUAUGGGCAUGUGAUAGUAUAGGAAAGCAAAUCCAUUAGCUAAAUAGUCCCAAUAGAAUUUGGAGGACUUUUAGAAUGAAAGAAAAUAGAAGCGUGGCAAGGUCACGGGCUGGGUUUAUAGUGCAUGAAACAAAUUGUUAUCAUAAUUUGGAAGUAUAUUGAAUGGGGAUGGGGGGCGCAAAUUCAUUGAAUGCAGAAAAGUCAAUUUUUUAAAAAUGUGCAGUAACUCUAAAUAUAUUUCUUGUUAUACCAGUUCUUAAACUGAUGUAAAUCCAUUGACUUUAUGGGGAUCAUUCCUGAUUUACACUGAGAGAAUCAGGCCCACUUUCUCAGAGAAAAAGUUUCUGCUUGAAGACUGAAUACAUUUGUAAUGGAGUUCUAUAUGGGGUAGAGUUUGGAAUUGAUUUUUCUCUCUUUCCUGUUGACACUUUAGAUUUGAGAAUGUUCCCUUUGUCCUGAAUAUCAGCUGUGCAAAACACACUUUAGUAGUUGAUUUCAACCUUGGACUGAAUCUGAGCACCUUGCUCCUGCAAAACUCCUGUAGGAGUCUUACCUGAGCAAAGAGCCUAGGAGUGGGCCUUACAUUUUAUUACCAAACCGUUAGAAAAUGGUGACUUCAGUGAAUAUGUGUUGUGAUAUGGUGUAACUAAUUUUUUUCAACUGUGAAACUCUACAUUGUUUUAACAGCAAAACGGGCUGCUGCUGAUUAGUUUUUCUUGAGUUGUAUUCUUUGCUUUCCUAAAGGUAGCAAAAGAAACUACUGUACUGACUUACAUAUGCACACUUUCUGUUCUCAAAGGAGUGCAUCAGUAGUUUCUUUAUAGGUAAGAUACAAUUCUUCAGGAUAAUUUUAAUUUAAACAACAAAAAAAGCAUUUAAAUAAAACCAAAAUGGUUAGUGGUUUGGCAUCUUGUGGAGAAGAUAUAAGAAGCCUGCAUAUUAGGGCACUGUCGAAAUUACGCAGCAUGUAGAGAACUUUGUAUGUGAUGACCCUGCUUGUUGGCUUUUUCUUCUCAUUUUUAUGUAAAACCAUUUAAGCCCUGUAGUGGUCAGUAGCCCUUGUUGGCUGGCAAUUUGAAGACAUUUUCCUUGCGUUGUCAUUUUAUAACAGGCAUGGUCAAAGUUUGUGCUGAAUAACAAUUGUGAAUUCCUCCUGUUUUUCAUAUCUGUACAGGUUGCAGAUCUGGGCUGGACCCAUUCAAAAAAAAAGCCACUUGGAAUGAUUAUGUAUUUUGAUGUCUUUGACAUCUUUAAAAUGCUUCAAUUUAAAGAAAACGGUGUGGUAUUAGAGAGAAUUAUGAUGUGCUGCUUCUGAGAUUUUUUUUUUAAACUUCUGUAUUUCAGUUUUUUAAGGUUUUACUUGAAUAGAUGAAGAACCACAAUUUUUAUACAAAUAGUAUACAGUUGUGGACACUGUUGCAGAUCAUUGAAGCCAAUUAGUGUUGCAAUACAUGUUUCAUACUUACGGUGAAUUGUAUUUUUUUCUUUAGUCAAAGUUGUCUAAGUUUUUUAGGUUUUAAAGCUCUAUCUGUCUAAAAUAGUUUGUGGCCUACCACAGUGCAGAUGGUCAUAUAUUUUUAUGUCCGUAUUGACUGGGCAAGGUAAUAACAAAAAUUGGGCCUGGCUGUAGAAGGAUUUUGUCUGAGUACAGGACCCGGGCCUUGUAGGGAGGGGCUUGCAGCUUUCAGAAAUUCUUAUCUGACUUUACUGUGAUUUUAAUUGUAGCUUCUCUGGCGUUAUUUUGGGUUAAUGCCAACAUAGAAGAUCAAAAUUGGGCCCUUGGUAUGAAAGUUUUUGUCUAUCUGACUUGU